AUGUUUCGAACACAACAGAUAGGCCCUACGGACGGCAUAAUACCUCAGGAUGUCGAAUUGCUACAAAGCUAUUCCGACGCCGAUCUGUUUCAACGCAUUCAAAAGUCUCCCCGUCUACCCCACUACAGCAGAAUAUCCAUUCUUUCGGCUAAUCUCAUAGCCAAAAAUUGUCCAUUCGAACUUCUUCAAGACACAAUCGGGGCCAUGGAAGCAGCGACGCAGCUUAGUGUUCGCGUUCCAGCCGCAAAGCGGAUUGUCACGUCCAAUGGGAGCACCUACCUUAUAAUGGAGCGCAUUGACGGUGUAAUCUUGGAGGAGGCAUGGCCAAAAUUGGGCUGGUUUGCUACAAUCAAGCUUGCUCUGCAACUUCGCCGGUUUGUUCGCCUUCUGAGGUCUUUGACUUCGUCAACAGCAGGAUCCCUGGUAUCUGGCGAGUGCAGAUCGUUCUACCUCGAAGAUCGCUUUAUGCUACCGCCCAAGUCAAGCCCAGCAGUCAUCACAUCCUUUAUUCAGUUCUGGACCUGUUUUACGUCGAUUGGACAGGCAAUGAAAACUGCCGCCCAAGACCCAGUGCCAUCAACAACCUUUACACCCGCUACCCCAAAUAGUCUCGUCUUCACUCACCAUGACCUUGCACCUCGAAACAUUCUGAUUGACCAUCUUGGCCGACUUUGGGUACUAGAUUGGGAUUACGCAGGCUGGUAUCCUAGAUACUUCGAAUACGCCGCCAUGCAAAACUUUCACGUCCCUCAAGCCUGGACUCGAUUUGCACGGGCAAGAUGGUUUCUGUUUACCUGGAUCACAGUUGGUCGAUUUGAGCAGGAGAGAGAAGUCCUAGAACGUAUUAGGACAAAAUUUACCCGUUUUACGUUUGGGCGACGAUUCGAAAUUUUGGCAAACAGAAUUCCAACCGGACGUCCUGUUUCUUGA